ACUACAGUGUGACGUCACAUGCGAACAUCCGCUUCUGUGGUGAUUACGAAAUGGCUGAGAACGAUGACUUUGUUGACUUGGAAAACGAUGACUUGGAAGUGUGUGAAGGAGUGGUUCUGCCGUAUGAGUAUGAACCGAUGCUAAAUUGUGUAGUUGGUGAUAUUGAUGGGGGAGUGAGUCGUCUGACUGAUGAUGGUGACGAGCCGGCUCUUCCGCCGCUGGAUGAAUGGUGCUCUUGUGGACAUUGUGCGUUGAUGGCAACAAUGAAAGAGAACGUUUGCUGCCGUCAAUCGUCCAACUUUCGGAAAAAGAUUGAAACUAUGGGCCAUAAAUGCAUCACUGAGCACCCAGGUUUCCAAUCAAACUGUCUGGAUAUAUAUGUUUUGGAAGCAACAUAUUAUGAGUUUCGCGCCUACUAUCCUCACCGUGCAGUCGGAUUCAACCGUGUCACUUUGAUUUCCAUUAUCUGGAACAUUAUUUGA